GCAGAACUGCUCACUGGGGAUAUAUAUUUGACAUAGACAUGGGAUCUGAAUUAUUAAAUUCUUCAUUCGAAGAUGUUAGUUUUGGUGGAAAAAGUGCCUUCUCACAAUUUGAACACAACAUCGUUGCUGGAUACCUUAUUACUGCAUGUGUGAUCAGUCUGUCCAGUAACCUUGUGGUGCUGAUGAUGUUUGUAAAAUACAGAGAGCUGCGUAAUGCCACCAAUGCCAUCAUCAUUAAUCUGGCAUUCACAGAUGUGGGAGUGGCCGGCAUUGGUUACCCCAUGUCUGCUGCUUCAGACCUGCAUGGCAGCUGGAAAUUCGGCUAUACUGGUUGCCAGAUAUAUGCUGCUUUGAAUAUAUUCUUUGGGAUGGCAAGCAUUGGGCUGCUCACUGUGGUGGCCAUGGACCGAUAUAUUAGCAUCUGCAGACCCCACGUAGACCAGAAGAUGACACUCCUGAUCACGGCCGCGUGGCUGAACGCACUGUUCUGGUCUUCCAUGCCCAUUGUGGGUUGGGCUGGAUAUGCUCCUGAUCCAACUGGAGCCACGUGCACCAUCAACUGGAGGAACAAUAAUGUGUCCUUCAUCUCCUAUACAAUGGCUGUGGUUUCGAUUAACUUUAUUAUACCACUAUGUGUCAUGUUCUACUGCUACUACAAUGUUUCAGUCACAGUGCAGAUGUACAAAACAAGUAACUGCCUGGGUAGCGUCAACAUAGACUGGUCAGACCAAUUGGACGUAACCAAGAUGUCUGUUUUAAUGAUUGCGAUGUUCCUGAUGGCCUGGUCUCCAUAUGCAUUGGUGUGUCUUUGGGCAUCAUUCAGUGACCCAGCAAAGAUCCCAACACCAAUGGCCAUUAUUGCACCACUAUUCGCAAAGUCAUCAACCUUCUACAACCCCUGCAUUUAUGUUAUCGCCAACAAAAAGUUUAGAAGAGCUAUCAUAGCAAUGCUGCGAUGCCAGACCCGACAAGAAGCCACUAUCAGCAACCACCUUCCCAUGGCUACCUCUCAGUUGCCUCUCAACCUCUGAUAAUAUUACAGUCGCCGUCAUGCUCUCUGUUAGCACUGGUUACUGUUUGCACCAUUACGAAAUUCUAACAGUCUUGCUUGGAUUAAAAUGCACCUUCUUUGUUGUUUUCUAUUAAGCAUGUCAACUCAGCAAUUACUUAAAUGUUGCUGUGUGUGAAGCAGUGUUUUCCAGUACAGACAUAGCAGAUAAGAACAAAGAUAAAAUAAUCUUCUUAGAUAACCUUCUAUUCUCACCAUAGAGAACCCAGUAAAAUGUUGACAUGGAGUUCACAGUGUAAAGUCUGUUGUUUUUUGAAACUAUUGUAUGUAACCAUUUGAGCCAUUUGAAGCUUUAUUACUCUGAAUAGGACAAACAGCAAAAGGGAUAAAAAUAAUAGUUAAUCCUAAAUGUUGGAAAGUGAAAUAGUGUAGAAAUAGUUUAAAUGAAAUAGUUAAAUGUUGGAACAUGAAAUAGUGAUGUUAAAAAUAUACUACAAUUGAAUUUGUUUUGGUUUAGGUUCCUCAAGAAGAAUUACAAUAGAUUUACAAGGAGCAAAAGAU